CGGGGCGCAGGAUAAUGGGUGUUUUGUUCCUCCCUGGUGGAAGGAGGCGCAGAGCCACCCUCGCUUGGCUCCUUUUACAUGUUUCAUUGCUUAAAGUUGGGUUUGCGGUAGUGGGUUUUGUUGUUUUGGUUUUUUUUAAUAUGCCCCAGUUGCGCAGUAGCGAGGCGGGUAGGUGGGCACCGCACCCUGGGGCGGGCCGGGGCUUGGAGCUGCCUAGACUAGCUGUGGAACAGGGUGCGAAAUGGGUCCUUUUGCAUUAAACUCGUGUGCCCCUAAGCAUGAAAAGCUCAGCGUGAGCCGGCAGAGCGCGCUCGCAGCCCGGAGAGCAAUCGGCUGAACCGAGGGCAGCGUAGCCGGCAGGUCCAGGGAAGGGAUUCUGCCGCCCUCCUCCGCUCUGCUGAGACCCUCCUGGGAUCCCUGGGCAGCCUGCAGCCGGCUCUGGGUUCCCCAGCAUCAGAAGGACAUGGGGCUGCUGGAGCAAGUCUAGAGAAGGGCCACGAAGUUGAUAAAAAGGACUGGAGCACUUUUCCUAUGAAAACAGACUGAGGAAGUUGGGCCAGUUCAGCAUAGAGAGGAGACGGUUGCCUUGGAGACCUCACAGCAACCUUCCAGUAUCUGAAGGGUCCUGGAGGGAAGUCAGAGAGGGACACUUAAUCGGGAACUGUAGUAUAGGACAAGGAGUAAUGGGUACAGAUAAAAAGGGGAGAAAUUUAGACUAGAUAUUUAGAAAGAAAUUCUUGACUGUGAGGGUGGUGAGACACUGGAACAGAUUUCUCAGGAGGGUUGUGGGUGUCCCAACCUUGGAAGUGUCCAAGGCCAGGCUGAGUAAGGCCUUGAGCAACACGGUCUAGUGGGAGGUGUCCCUGCCUAUGGCAGGGUUUUUUGGAUUAGGUGGUCUUUAAGGUCCAUUCCAGACCCUUAACAUUUGAUGAUUCACUGUUUGCUCUUGGACCUGAACAGAAGCUCCUGGCAACAGAGAAGUGGCACUCACUUUGGCCUCCUGUGUUUGCAGAUGCAUGUUGUAGAUUUUAGUAGUUUUGGCACCUGCUGUCACUGAACCACAUUUUUCUUGCAGACUGUGGUUAGAGAGAAGAGUAAAUAAUGUCAGUGGCUGCUUACUAUGUAUUUUGCUACAGAAAAAUAGGAACCUCUGGUCCAGCCACAAAAACACACCUACCCUGGAAUGAUAUCAGAAAAAUUGCAAAGGUAACUGGAUCGCUUAUACUAGGAGGUUUUGUAUUCAUUACAUAUGAAGUCCUGUCCUUAAAUAAGUUACUGCAAAUUGAUACUCAAGCUCUACAUCAAGAAAAACUUAAAUCCUAUGUAUACGUACGUACAGCUUCUCUACGUCCAAGUGAAUAUCAAGGGAUCACAUACAAAGCCAGAAAAGAAAUCCAUAAAGCAGUGAGAAAAAUUCUAGAAACAGAAGCUAAAAUCUUCCGGAGACCUUUUAAUGAACAAUUCAGUACCUUUGAUGGAGAAGAUCAUGAGUGUGCCUUAUGGCUUCUCUUAAAGAGAAGUCAGUCAGAAGACAAAGCAGUCCGACUGCAGGCUGUACAAGACCUGGCAAGCAACAGUCACUGGCAUGAUUAUCAAUAUGGCACAGUUGCUCAAACCUGUGAUCAAAGGACUGCUAUAGGUUUGGCUCGAUCCAAGGAUGUCGACCGUCGCUUUUUCCUGCCUCCACCACCACUGCCAAAAAUAAAGACUGUAAGUAAAGGAAAAGAUUAUCCCAUAGAAGAUGAACUUCGCUUGUUGUUGGUAUCUUUACCUCAGACUGGUCUUGAUCCAUGUGUCCAGUACUUCACAUCUCUUGCAUUACGUGAAAGUAGCCAGACUCUUGCUGCACAAAGGGGAGGCUUAUGGUGUUUUGGAGGAAAUGGACUUCCAUAUUGUGAGACAUUGAGUAAAAUCCCUUCAGAGACAGUGGAACUCUUUUGCUUGCAGGCUUUAGUACAGCAUUCUAAGAUUUCUUCUCACUGUGAUAAAAUUGAAGCUAAAGGAGGCCUUCAGUUAUUGCAGAGGAUAUACCAGCUACGUAAAGAUUCAGCAAAGAUACAGAGGAACAUAAUUCGCAUUAUUGGGAAUAUGGCUUUGGAUGAACGCCUUCACUCAUCCAUAGUACGUGCAGGUUGGGUUUCUGUACUUGCUGAAGUAAUGAAAUCCCCACAUGUCAUUCAGUCUUCUCAUGCAUCCAGAGCUUUGGCUAAUCUAGACAGGGACACGGUGAAAGAAAAAUAUCCAGAUGGUGUUUAUGUCUUACAUCCACAGUAUCGUAGCAGCCAGCCCAUCAGAGCAGACAUCCUUUUCAUUCAUGGUCUUUUGGGAGCAGCAUUUAAAACCUGGAGACAGCAAGACAUUGACCGGCAUUUGGAUAAAAAGACCUCAGAAAAGGAAGAGGACUAUAUUCAGUGCUGGCCAAAGACAUGGCUUGCUUCAGACUGUCCUUCCCUUAGAAUCAUAUCUGUGGAGUAUGACACCCAUUUGAGUGACUGGAAAGCAAAAUGUCCUGUUGAGGCUCACAGGAAGUCUAUUGCUUUCAGGAGCAGUGAGCUGCUUGACAAGCUCAAAGCUGCUGGGAUUGGAGACAGACCACUGGUGUGGGUAUCCCAUAGCAUGGGUGGUCUUCUAGUCAAAAAGAUGCUGGUGGAUGCUUCCAAGAAUCCAGAAAUGGAUAAAAUUGUAAACAACACCAGAGGAAUCGUAUUUUAUAGCGUACCUCACCAUGGUUCCCAGCUGGCUGAAUAUUCUAUAAAUGCCAGAUACCUCCUCUUCCCGUCUGUGGAGGUUAAAGAACUCAGCAAGGAUUCUCCUGCCCUUAAAGAGCUGAAUGAUGACUUCUUGUCUUUUGCCAAAGACAAGAAAUUUUCAGUGCUGAGUUUUGCAGAAACCCUACCAACACACAUAGGCAGCAUGAUAAAACUGCAUGUUGUACCUGUGGAGUCAGCAGACUUAGGAAUUGGAGACCUUAUUCCAGUGGAUGUUAAUCAUCUAAACAUUUGUAAGCCAAAGAAGAAGGAUGCUUUCCUGUAUCAACGUACACUGAAGUUCAUUCAGGAUGUUUUAGCCCAAGAACUGUGAGACUGAGGUUUUGCCCUCCUUUCCUGCUUGUGUCCUCUUUUUGGUGUAACACAGAAACUUCUCCUAACAUUUGUUAGGGGAUCUGCAGAAUUACAAGGAUGCUAUGUCAAUAGUAUCUGCUGCUGAAUCAUUUUCUGUACAUCUCAAACUUCAGACACCUCUCCAAUUUAUUUCUCAAAAUACAUUCAAAACAAAUACAAACUUGACAAAAAGAAAGUGUGUGCCUAGGAUAUCUUCUUUUAGCAAAAAAAAAAAAAACAACCCCAAGGCUGCUUUGAAAGCAGAUAAAUAUACAGCUGGGAUAAAGUCUUAUAGAGAGGAUUAGAAACUAUUAACUGAGGUGGUUAUUUGUUGUGUCAAAGGGGAGAAGCGGCAUGUGACUGCUGCAAAGUUUUGGUUUAUUGUUCAUGUUAGGUAGCCUGACUGGAACCUGAAAAAAUAGUAUCCAAGUGAAUGAAGGUGGCAUUUUGGUCAUGGCCCAGUUACAGGAGGUUUUGUCAUUUGCCUUUUUAUUUAAUAGACCACCCAGAUUUGCCAGCAGUCAUGGCAUCUGUUUUUCUGCAUGAGAAAGAGACAGGUUGGUAAUUUGCCUUACUUAGAAAAUUGUCAUUGUUUUAGUCUGUUUGUAUUAAUGAAAACAAAAAAAGAUAAAUAUUCACCUUCUUGUACAUUUCCCUCCUAAUCUUAGCAACUUGUGACCUUGCUUUCCUUAGGACAGGGUAUAUUGGUCAGCCAGGGCAGUUCUGUGCUUGUUCACAUUGAAGAUGUGCUCAAUGGGCUCAGCUCUUCUGCUUUACUCUUGGGACACACUAAGAAGAUGGUACAUUCAAAUCCCUGACUCCUGUUACUCAUACAGAAACCUUUCUGUAGCUGAUUUAAAGAGGAGCAUUGAAAAUGGUCAGGUGGAGCACAACAAAUGUAGACCCUGACAAGAAAGGUAAUGCUUAGAGUUUGGAGCUGAGGUAGAAAAAAUUGAAGCAGGAAAAAAAUCAGAUUGUAAGGCCUCACUGGAAAUUACCACAAAUGGUUUGGUUUCUUGGGGCCCAAAUAUGUCUGUUGGUGUAGACACAGAAAAAACAGCAGUGUCUUAUUUGACUCUGUUUAUGUUUAGGAUACCAUAACGGUACUGAUGAGAAAUCAGUAUUUUUUGACAGAUAAAAAAAUGUCAGUGCACAGUCACUUUUUUAAAGUCUUAGAUAUUUUGCACUGUGGUUAAAAGCAGCCUUGUGUUAUUGUGGUCUCUUUACUUCCUUUCUUUACACCUGCAACCCUCUCUGAAACCAAGCAUAGGCUGUGUAAGGCUGUGCAGCCUUUGCUGACCAUUUGUUAAAUAGGGUCUGUAUUGAUGACAGGCUUGAGGUGUCUCCUCACGUCACUUCUCUGAGAUGGAUCCAGUAUUACUGCCCUUCAAAUGAUGGCUGUGAAAGCUCUCAAAGAGGUGGGAUGCACCUUGCAAUUCUGCAUGGACUUGGUGCUGGUGGGCAUCGCAGUCUUGCCAGGUCCUGAGGCCAGCCCAGCGAGACACUGCAGCUGAAAAUACACUUCUGCAAGUUGAGGGAGUUGUGAAGUAAAGUUCACAAGAGCAGUACAGCAGUACACUGGCAAAAAGAGCAUUUUCCCCCUAACUGAGAUGUAGGUAAGAACACUCCAUGGCAGUAUUUUGUAUAGAAAAUGUAACAGAAAUGUCGUAAUUUCUAAAGAGCUUUAUCUUUUUACACUGUGGUCUAGACUUCAGAGUGUAAAUAUAUUAGUGCACUUUGUAUUCACAAAGUAGAGAGUAUGUGGAAUUCAUGGUGAAUAGACAAGACUUCUAAUAACUGAAUGCUUAUUUAGUGUGACAAAUCUAUUGGUUUUAAUAGACUUAUUUGGCUUACACGGAUUCAGAUCAGUGACAUUAAACAUUAAUCUUAGUAAAUGCAUCUAUGUUUUGUAACUAGAACUCUUAAGGCAGUGUUCUUCUUUUUGUAACUGUAUUUAUAUAUGUGUAACUUCUAAAACUAAUAUUUGGUGGGGGAGUUGUUAGGUUUGGGGGUUUGGGUUUUAUUUUUUUGGAAUAUAGUAAUAAAAUGUGAUUUAAAAAAUGUCUUGGAUAUGUCACAAAGUGUAUUAAAGGUUAAUGAUAUGCCGGCUGAA